AUGGACCAACAUCCCAAACGAAGAGCGUUGGUGUCGUUCAAGAAACAGUUUGAAAGUAACACCGAUGACCUUUCAAACGAAGUGAAGAUGAAUGAGGACGUCUGUAGCUGGACCGCCACAGGUACACAAUCCGCUCGCCCUGUGACGUCACGCGGCGCACAACAGACUCUGCUGAGAGAAGACGAGAGGACCGUAAAAAUACCGGAGUGUUGGGAACCUCUGAAGUGUAAAGACGCCAAAAACAGUGCGUUUAAAACGGAAAAAAGCGAAAUAACCCUGGGUAAUAAGACGGAUAAUGUCUUUAUGACUCCAUUUUCUUUAACUCCGUUCACCUCCUGUACUAACGCCAGUCAUGUGGUCUCGGUUAACGGAAAGAAAAUGGUCAGAGAUCUUCCUCUAAGCGCGGAAGUCAAGCAUUGUUUCACCUCCGUGCGCGCGGAGACGCUCGGCAGCGCGUGCAGCGUCGAAGCGGCUACCGAGUGCGCGAGCCUCAAUCCACCUGAAACAGCUUAUUAUAACACAGCAAAUUGCAGAGAUAAAACAGGCUACAUUACGAGGCCCAUGAAUGCCUUCCUGGUUUGGUCGAAGAUACACCGGCCUAUCUUCACCAAGGCCAACCCAAAUGCCAGCAGUGCACAGAUCAGCAUGCAACUUGAGAUUGAGUGGAACAAACUGAGUGAAGAACAAAAGACACCCUACUAUGCAGAGUCACAGGGGCUUAAAUGGAAUCACAGACAGGAAAUUCCUGGCAAUUUGCACUGUACAAUAUCACAAAGGAGACCUGUUCUAGAACCAAAUGUUAAUAUAGUCAAGGACAUGCCGAGAGGAGCACCGGUCCAUGACAUGGUGUCAGGAUCUGGCGCCCAUUUCACCGGCCUUUCCCACUUAUACUCGCAAGUACCACUGGUUCAUGGGGGCAACCACUUUGCCCCAUCUGCUUUCCCAUUUGUUCCACCAUUCAGCAUGCCUGGGAUGCCAUUCCACCAGGCCAGCUUCUUGCUUUAUUCUGACAACCCAAGCAGACAGGGUCAUCUCAUGGGCUUGUACAUCGACCCUUUCCAGAACCAUGGUGUCUUGUGGGGACAAGAUUAACAGCCAAAACCUCCACAUUACCAAGGAGGUCCAGAAUUCUGUACCAGUGGACAAAUAUGACUUUGAGAAUG